AAAAAUUAAUUGUGUCUGUAACUAGGGACGCCUGCGCAUCAUCGACCUAUUACAGCUGUUUUAUAUAUUUUUUUCACAUUUUUUACUCUAAAAUUAUUUGAUAAUUAAAUGAGAAUUAUGAGCCGUGCACUUUUAGAUAUCCCAAACUUUUUAUGCGAUUUUUCUUUAAUUAAACCUCUACCCUCCUUACUGUAAAUUAUUCUGAGGGUAUAUAACCUCAAAACAGUGUAAUAAAAACACUGGAAGUAUAAAAAUGCCUACGGGAAAAAAUAUACCAGAUUUAAGACUUGAAUCUCCAGAAACGAAUCCUUGUCUAAAGGAACACAGGCUGUCAAUGAAAUGCAUUGCAGAAAAUUACAAAGAUAAAGAAAAAGCAUGUGCGAUUUAUUUUGACAAUUACAAAGCCUGUAAGAAGUUCUGGUCUAAUGUUAUUUAUGAACGUAGGCAACAAGGUUUAACUCCUUAUUUACCGCUCCCGGAUGAGAGAGAAAAAAUAAAGAGUGAUUAUUUGAGUCAAUUUAAGAAAAAUAAAUAAUUACUUUCAACCAUUUAUUUAUAUAUAUUUUGUAAUUGCUAGUUGUAGUACAUUUUUACUAUGUAUAUACAUAAAUACGUAUAUAUAAAUAUUGUAAAUACAUUUAUUGGAGGAUAAAAUGAAUGUAAUAAAAAAUAUUUAUUUAAAAACAAAUAAUUAAUUUAUUUAUGUUGUAGUUUUCUCUUUAAGUUUGUUUGUAUAAUCAUCAGAGUUUAGUUAAAUAUACUUUGGUAGUUUACGAAGAGUUCAAAAGUCUCACACAUAAGAU